AGUCGUGGGCAAUGAGAGCCGCCUCCUCAUCUUUUAUAAAAAAAAACAAAUUUUGAGGUUAGAUUUUCAGAAAAUUGAUGAAGAAAAGUAAAUAUUUAUAAGAUGUGUUAAAUCUGAUCAAACCUUUACGAAAAUGUCGCAUGUAAUAAACUUUAGCCUCAAGCAUUUACUGCCUGCUACAAAAUGCUACUUUCGAGGAAACUUUUCAUAUAAUUUCUGUAAGUACAGCAGUACAACAACUAACAAUAAUUCUGGCAAUGUUCUUGAUAACUUGACUGACUGGGAGACUUUGAGUAAGAAGAAAAAGAUUAGCAAAGCCAUGAAAGCUUAUCUAGAGCGGGCCCAAGAACAUGAUGAAUUUAUGAAGAAACAACAACAAGAAUUUACUAUUGGGAAACGACAUUUGGCUAAUAUGAUGGGCGAGGAUCCCGAAACUUUCACUCAGAAAGAUGUGGAUAGAGCUAUAGAAUACCUAUUUCCUAGUGGUAUUUAUGAUCCAGCUGCACGCCCGUUAAUGAAACCCCCAGAAGAACUAUUUCCUGCUCGCAAAGCCGCUGAAUUUGAUGAAGCAGGGCGACCACAUCAUUUCUUGUUUUACACUGGCAAACCAAACUUUUUCAAACUACUUUAUGAUGCUGCAGAUCACAUUAAACAGCUCCACAACUUUGAAGACAAAGUCAUCCGAAAGAAAGCCACUCCUGACCCCAACGGCGUCCUUAAUUUAGAAGGAAGCAUGUGGCUCUCCAAAGAACAACUAGAACAAAUUUUAGUAGAGAAAAUCCUUGACAUUGAGUAUGACAACUUUAAAGUCGUCAUGGAAAGACUUACUUCUUUGCCAUAUGCUUACAGAAGCAAGGAAUUUAUUGAAAAGUACAGAAAGACUUUGGCUGCACAGAAAUUUUCAUUGGAAAUCCCAAAACCUAAUUACGAUGAUGAUGGCCGUGCCUUUGUGACAACUUAUGAGUGCUUAAGGAAGAAAGCAAGAGGUGAUGUCACUAUUAGAUCACCAGGUACUGGAAAGAUCACUAUAAAUGGUAAAGAUAUUACAUACUUUGAAGAUGUGCAGUCCAGAGAACAAGUCCUGUUCCCUUUGAUAUUUACUGGCAUGCAGGACAGAGUAGAUGUGGAAUGUAAUAUUGAAGGAGGUGGCCCAUCAGGACAGUCUGGUGCCAUCAGAUGGGGUAUAGCUUGGGGAUUGCGCAGUUUCGUAGAAAAAGAAACCUUAGAGAAAAUGCAGUUAGCUGGGUUGCUAACUCGUGACCAUCGUCGUCGUGAACGCAAGAAGCCUGGUCAACCUGGUGCCAGGAAGAAGGCUACAUGGAAAAAGCGAUAGUUAUGUCCAAACCAUAUAUUUUAUGCUUGUGGAAUAAUAAAACAAUAGUUCUCUAUA